CGGUGCUCAGAGGACCCGGAUGACAGGAAGUGGAGACACAAAAUGGCGGACGACGCCGCGCGCAGGGCCGUGUCGCAGAUCCCGCUGCUGAAGACCAACGCGGGGCCGCGGGACCGCGCGCUGUGGCCGCGGCGGCUGAAGGAGGAGUUCACGGCGCUGAUCCGCUGCGUGGAGAGCAACAAGGCGGCCGACAACGACUGGUUCCGCCUGGAGGCCAGCCCGGACGGGACACGCUGGACCGGGACGUGCUGGGUCAUCCACCAGCUGCUGCGCUACGAGUUCCGGCUGGAGUUCGACAUCCCGGUGACGUACCCGGACACGGCGCCGGAGGCCGCCAUCCCGGAGCUGGACGGCAAGACGGCCAAGAUGUUCCGCGGCGGACGGGUUUGUCUGACGGACCACUUCGCGCCGCUCUGGGCCCGCAACGCGCCGCGCUUCGGGCUGGCGCACCUGAUGGCGCUGGGCCUGGGCCCGUGGCUGGCCGUGGAGGUGCCGGACCUGGUCGGGAAGGGGCUGGUGGUCCACAAGGAGCAGCAGGAGCAGCGGGGGGAGUGACGUCACUGCAGCAGAGAUGUGGCUGAACACACUGAUGAUGUAAUAAAGUCAUUAAAGAGGUCACCCAGGCCUCCAGUUACCUGUGGACACUCUGCACAUACACACACACACACACACACACACACACACACACACACACACACACACAUGCACACACACACACACACACACACACACACACACACACACACACACACAUACACACAUACAUACACACACCAUACACACAUACAUAUACACACACACACACACCAUACACACAUAUACACACACACACACACACCAUACACACACACACACACACCAUACACACACACACAUACAUAUACACACACACACACCAUACACACAUAUAUACACAUACAUACACAAACACUCAUACAAUGCUCAUUUUGUGACACUAGUUAAAUCUAGACAUUAACAGCUGGCAUUUUAUUUAAACUCACAUUCGACCCUGUUUGUUUGUUUGUUUGUUUGUUUGAAAAGCAGCAAAGAAAGAAGAAAAUGUUCAAAGGUCUGAUUUCAGGAUUAAAAAGGAGGAAUAAAGUGUUUGAAGAGGAA